CUGAUCCUUUCCGGGAUGACGAUUUCUUUUGAGAUGAGGAGAAUGGUUUGCUUGCAUUCUUUAAAUCCAAGCCAGUAUUGUCGAGUUCAUAGGUUCCUGUCUUGUGGCAAGCCCAGCAUUUCACUUUAACUUUCUUGUUUGCAUUGGUAGAAGCAGAAAGGAAUUCUAAUGGUGUGAUGCAUUCCUUGCAUGCGCAUUUUACAUACGGCUCUGGUUUGCGAGACUCUAUUAUCGCUUCCGUCAUGUUUGCCAGAAAAAGCGAUUGCUGACGCUGGUUCAAGGAAGGGGGUGAUCAAGCUUGAAUGUGGCAAUCACGUGCACGAGAAUGUGACCGAUUUUUCAGUAUCUUUUUUUUUUGGGAAUAAAAAAAAAGUUGUACUGACAAAAAAGUUGAAGGACAACUGUCAUUUCGAUAUGCCAAAGGACAAGACGAAAUCAGCCAAAUCUGGAAAGAAAACCACUCCAAGUGGUCUUCAGGAGUUCUGUGGAUUCAAGAUUUUACCGAUCCACAUGAACAGAGACGCUGUUCACUACAUGUAUAUCAAGAAGCACGAAUCUCGGCAAGAUUCUGAAGCUACACCAAAGGACCGAACAUUAUUUAUUUUGAACUUACCAGUCGAUACCACAGAUGAACAUAUAAAAAGACUUUUCCAACCUUAUGGACGAGUCGUCAGCAUAAAAUACCAUACUCGUGGCAAUCAACCAGAAGAGGAAGAAGAAGAAGCCGAAGAGGCGGUGGAGACGGCUGUUGAGCAACCAAAACUUUCGAAAAAGAAGCAGCAAAAGCUUGAAGAUGAAGAAAGACAGAAAAAGGAAACUGAUGCAAGUCUCAAAAUACGUAACUCCCUUACAACCGGUUCAUUCGCGCAUGUUGUGCUGCUGGAAGCUAAGGAGUUGGAGAACGUGCUCAAUAUGAGCUCAAAGAAACGAGAAUGGACUGAAGAUGACGAAGCUAUGUUACCGCUUGGAUUCGAUCGCUACAAAACCAUGUAUGCUUUGUCCCACCCAUCCGCUACAGAACUUCAGAGUCGAGUCGACAGCUACAUCAUCAAAUUCCAAGCAGCAGAAUAUGAAAAGGAACGAAUUGCAACGGAACAACAAAACAAGAUGGAUGAAGACGGUUUUGUCAUGGUGACAAGACAUCAUCGACGAGGUACUAAUACAGACGGCACAGUUACAGUCACUGCUGCCAAGGCCGAUAGACAGGUCAAACCACAGAAAAAGAAGGAGCUUCUUAAUUUCUAUCGUUUCCAAAUGCGCGAACAAAAGCGAGAUCAAUUGGUCGAACUGCGCAAGAAGUUUGAGGACGAUAGGAAAAAGAUUGAGCAACUUAAGCAAACUCGCAAGUUUAGACCUUAUUAGCAUCCAAGCAACAUUCUCACUGUAAUAAUUCUCACUAGCAAAACAUAUUUCUCUGGCUGUCUAUAUAAAUAUACUUGCUGAUGGGCAGGGCGCAAAUCGAUGAUGUUUUUGCCACGUUGGUAUGACGGGGCUGCCAUAGAGAACGUGUUAUUCUUGUGGCAGAAUGAGCUGAUCGGCUACCAGAAAAGCCAAGAUCCGCGAUAAAAUUAUCCACUUCUAUAAGAGAUUUUUGGAUAGAAACAUCCCUAACCUCCGUUGUCAUUUGCCUUCCUCC